AUGCGAGAACAUGAGAUUGAAGAGCGCAACACGUACAAUAUAGAUGAGAAGGGCUUCUUUGUCGGCAUCGCCUACCGCAGGAAGAGAAUCUUCUCUAAGGCAGUUUAUAAGUCCGGGGAGCGUACCGCGGCGAUAAGGGAUGGCAACAGAGAAUAG